AUGGCUGAGCCAAACCCUCCAGCCGCCCCAGCUGCGCCCGCCGCAGCGGCAGCACCACCACCACCGAAGCCACCCGUGCAAAACCCGGCCCUCCGAAUGAUGGGCCUGCCCGCCCUGCCACGAAAGCUGCCCUCCCGCAACUGGAUGAUCUUCUGGACCCUCUCCUCCGCGCUGGCAGCCACCAUAAUCUACGACCGCCGCGAGAAGAAGCGCGCCACCGCCCGCUGGGCCCACGCCGUCGAGCACCUUGCCAAGCGGCCCCUCGCCAACCCGAGCCAGAUGCCGCGCAAGGUCACCAUAUACCUCGAGGCGCCCCCCGGCGACGGCCUGCGCGUCGCCCAGGACCACUACAGCGAGUACAUCAAGCCCGUCCUGGCCGCCAGCGGGCUGGACUGGGACUUCGUGCAGGGCCGGCAGCAGGGCGACAUCCGCGCCGCCGUGGCCGAGAGGGACGUGGCCGCAGAAGCCGCCACGGGGGAGCUGCCGACCGAGGAGGACCGCAUCGACGCCUGGCGCCAGGCACACGGCGUCCCGCUCUACGACGGCGUGCGCGGCGACAUCGUGAUCGGCCGCCACGCCUGGAAGGAGUACACGCGCGGCCUGCACGAGGGCUGGCUGGGCCCCUUGGAGGCGCCGCCGCACGCGCAGCCCGACCCGGAGCCCGAGUCCGAGCCGGCCGACGCCGAGGCGGACAGCAACAAGACCAAGCGGCCGCCGCAGAUAAAACCGUACAACUCGCCCGAGGACUACGCGACGGCCCACCUCCCCAUGCUGGUUCCCUCCGAGCUGGCGCCCUCGGUGCCCCUGACCUUCCCGCACAUCCUCGGCUUCCUCAACACGCCGACGCGCUUCGUGCGCUUCCUGACGAGGCGGAAGCUGGCGGAUGAGGUCGGGCGCGAGGUCGCCGCCGUGUGCCUGGCCGCGUACCGCGAGUACCGCGAGGAGCCCGGCACGGAUGACAGCCCAGAUGCUCACUGGGAGCAGCAGAGGGCCCUGGCGCACGAGGAGAAGGACUGGGUCAAGUCCGUGUGGAAGGAGGACAAGGAGGAGAAGAAGACCGCCACGAAGAAAGGUGACGAUGCCAGCCCGCUCGCGUCAGGGAGCGAGCUUGUUGAUGGGUCCAAGCCGGCUGUCGCUGCCAAGGAGAAGAUCUGGCCCAGGCCCAUGGUCAUCGACCAGCGGAUCGGCAUGCGGAUGAGGAGGUUCGAGCUGCUGCCUGAGGAUGAGGAGCGGGCCAGGGGCAUCGUCGUCCCUGAAGAAGAGGUCGAGGGGUGGGACCAAGAGCAACUUGAGGGCCCUGUGGAGAUGGACCGUCAGCAAUUUCCAAAAGGAGGAGCGGAAGGUCCCCACGAGUUUCGACGACGAAUUUGA